AAUUCAUCUCAGAUCCAUCAUUCCAUUACUUCUCUCCUCACAUAAUCGCUUUCAGAUUUCAUCAAAACCCUAAUUCCAUAUAUGUUGAACCCAUCAUCGAAAUCCACAAACCCUAGAUAGGAAAUAAAGAAAAACAAAACAAAAAACUUUAAUGAAGGGAGGCACGGGCCAAUGGUUUACGAUCGGGCUCGUGUCAUCAUGGUAUGCAUCUAACAUUGGAGUACUCCUGCUCAACAAAUACUUGCUCAGCAACUAUGGAUUCAAGUACCCGAUCUUUCUCACCAUGUGUCACAUGACGGCUUGUUCUUUGCUCAGUUACAUUGCAAUCGUUUGGAUGAAGAUGGUGCCUUUACAGACUGUUAGGUCUAGGGCUCAGUUUAUCAAGAUCUCUGUGCUUAGUUUGGUCUUUUGUGCGUCGGUGGUUAGUGGGAACGUCUCCUUGAGGUAUUUGCCGGUUUCGUUUACGCAGGCGGUUGGAGCCACCACUCCUUUUUUUACCGCGGUGUUUGCUUAUAUUAUGACGGUGAAGAGGGAAGCUUGGUUGACCUAUCUCACUCUUUUACCUGUGGUCACCGGUGUUGUCAUUGCCAGUGGGGGGGAACCAAGUUUCCAUUUGUUUGGUUUUAUCAUGUGUAUCGGUGCUACAGCUGCAAGAGCGUUAAAGUCGGUGCUUCAAGGGAUAUUGCUUUCCUCAGAAGGGGAAAAACUGAAUUCCAUGAACCUUUUGCUGUACAUGGCACCAGUAGCGGUUGUAAUACUGCUUCCAGCAACAUUGUUUAUGGAAGAGAACGUGGUUGGCAUUACUAUAGCUCUUGCCCGAAAAGAUGUCAACAUUGUUUGGUAUCUGCUGUUCAAUUCUGCUAUGGCAUAUUGUGUAAACUUGACGAAUUUCUUGGUAACCAAGCACACAAGUGCCUUGACUCUCCAGGUUCUGGGAAAUGCAAAAGGAGCGGUUGCUGUUGUGGUGUCGAUUUUGAUAUUCAAGAACCCAGUGUCGGUAACGGGGAUGCUUGGAUACUUGCUAACGGUGCUGGGAGUGAUUCUGUACAGCGAAGCCAAGAAGAGGACGAAAUAAGCGACACGUCACAACCCAAUCCACAGGUGUGGUUGUUCUUUGUCUGUUUGCACGAAACAAGGUUCGGAGCAAAUAUUAGCAGCAGCUUAUUCUUUUUGGGAGUAUUUCCAUGGGUUUUUUGUUUGAUUUUCGACUUGAUGAACAAAAGGACAUUUUCCAUUUAUAUCGUGAUUAUGGGUCCAUUUACGAUUAUACGGAUGUAUAAAUACUACUGUAGAAUGAAUAUGAAUCAACAUAAAUGCCUACCUGGAAUUUAAUUCUUCAAGUUUCAUGCUUGCUUUGUU